AUGACUUCAGCGACGAUUCUCUUUAAUGUGACCAAGAACGAGCUGUUCAAGCUGGCGGACAAUUAUAAAACACUACACCGAAAGCUGAAAGUGAACCAUCGGGUUGAGAGUAAUAAGAAUGAAAUCACACCGGAACUUCUCAAAACGGCAACGGUGUUUGUGUUGGCAGGACCCCAGGAGAAGUUUACCGAAACCGAGUUCCAAUACUUGAAGGAUUACAUUAAUGAUGGCGGACGACUGCUGCUUCUGCUUGGUGAGGGCGGUGAGGUGCAGUUCAACACGAACGUAAACUUUCUCCUGGAAGACUACGGAAUGACUAUCAACAAUGAUGUUGUGGUACGCCCACAGUAUUACAAAUAUUUUCACCCCAAAGAAGCUCUCAUUAGUGGCGGUGUGAGCUGCGAAUCGAUUAACAAUCUGUUGCUGGAUUCCAGCAAGAGUAUCCUUACGUCGUUCGAUUUUAUGGACGAUAAGUACAAAGUCGAGUUUGUGUACCCCUACGGAGCGACGAUGAACGUCAUCAGCCCGGCAAAUGUCCUCCUAACGACGGGCCCGGUAGUUUAUCCGUUCAACCGGCCGCUAGCCGGGUACUUUCAGAACCAGAACAAUGGGAAACUCGUCGCCAUCGGCUCGGGACACAUGUUUCAGGACAAGUACAUCUCGAACGAAGUAAACACGGCGCUCUGGGAUAGCCUCUUUGCUAUGAUCCUGCAGGAUGAGUUCAAAUUCAAAGCGUCUGACUUCAACGACUUGGAGAUAAAUGACUACGCCGUCAUACCCGAUACGAUCUAUCUGGCAGAGCAACCGAAGAUAUGUCUAAUGGAUUCGCUCGAUUACGACAUUCCCGCCGACUUCAAGAAGCUAUUCGAUCUGUCGCUCUACUCGAUCAACAACGAUCUAUUGCGUGAUCUUAUCAGUACGUGAAAACUGGAUGUGCAAUAUGAACCGCUGAAGAUCAUCAAACCACAGUUCGAGAUCCCAUUACCACCGCUGCAGCUUGCGGUAUUCCAACCAAUAUUCAGUGACCUCCCAGCACCACCCUUGGAGCUUUUCGAUUUAGAUGAAGCGUUCAGUUCGGAAAAGGUACAGAUCACACAGCUGACCAACAAGUGUUUGUCGGCGGCAGUCGAAGGUCAACAGCCGGUCGACGAGAAGGAGCUAGGAUACUUCAUCCAGGAAUGCGGACGUAUACUGAAGGUGUGCCAGGAUGAUCAGAAAAUGUCGCCGAAGGAAAUACUGAACACUAUCAGUGUGAAGAUUGCAAAUUAUAAAAAGCUAGAUAAAGAUUAG